UGCCCGGAUGCGGGGGCAGGGCGAGGGCCGCGCCCCCCCCCCGGACCCCCGGGCCGAGCCCAUCGACAGCUCGGGGGGGCCGGCGCUGGCCCUGCCCUCGGGGGGGGCCCUGAGCGCCCGGGGGCUCCCCCCGGGCCCCGCCCGCGAGCACCUGGAGAAGGCUCUGCUGGGCCAGGAGGCCGAGAGGAGGAAGAAGCUGCGCUUCCACCCCCGGCAGCUUUACCUGAGCGUCAAGCAGGGGGAGCUGGGCAGGGUCAUCCUGAUGCUGCUGGACAACCUGGACCCCAACUUCCAGAGCGACGCGCAGAGCAAGCGCUCGGCGCUGCACGCGGCCCGCGCAGAAGGGGCACCUGGAGAUCUGCCACCUGCUGCUCCAGGCCGGGGCCAACAUCAACGCCGUGGACAAGCAGCGCCGCACGCCGCUGAUGGAGGCCGUGGCGCACGACCAGCUGGAGACAGCGCGGGUACCUGCUGCAGCGGGGGGGGGUGCGCCUACAGCCAGGAGGAGGACGGCUCCACCUGCCUGCACCACGCGGCCAAAAACGGGAACCUGGAGAUGGUGGAGCUGCUGCUGAGCACCGGCCAGGUGGACGUCAACGCGCAGGACAGCGGGGGCUGGACCCCCAUCAUCUGGGCGGCCGAGCACAAACACAUCGAGGUCAUCCGGCGGCUGCUGACCCGCGGGGCCGACGUCACCCUGACCGACAACGAGGAGAACAUCUGCCUGCACUGGGCAUCGUUCACGGGCAGCGCCGAGAUCGCCGAGGUGCUGCUGAACGCGCAGUGCGACCUGCACGCCGUCAACUUCCACGGGGACACGCCCCUGCACAUCGCGGCCCGGGAGAGCUACCACGACUGCGUCAGCCUGUUCCUGUCGCGCGGGGCCGACCCCGAGGUGCGGAACAAGGAGGGCGACUCCCCCCUGGACCUGACCCCGGAGCGCUCCGAGGUGUGGGUGGCGCUGCAGCUGAACCGCAAACUGCGCCUGGGGGCGGCGGGCCGGGCCCUGCACACCGAGCGCAUCGUCAGCAGGGACGUGGCGCGGGGCCACGAGAACGUGCCCAUCCCCUGCGUGAACGGCGUGGACGAGGAGCCCUGCCCCCAGGACUACAAAUACAUCGCGGAGAACUGCGAGACCUCCACCAUGAACAUCGACCACAACAUCACCCACCUGCAGCACUGCACCUGCCAGGACGAUUGCUCCUCCUCCAACUGCCUCUGUGGGCAGCUCAGCAUCCGCUGCUGGUAUGACAAGGACGGGCGGCUGCUGCAGGAGUUCAAUAAAAUCGAGCCCCCCCUGAUCUUCGAGUGCAACCAGGCCUGCACCUGCUGGAGGAGCUGCAAGAACCGCGUGGUGCAGAGCGGCAUCAAGGUCCGGCUGCAGCUGUACCGCACGGCCAAGAUGGGCUGGGGGGUGCGGGCGCUGCAGGCCAUCCCCCCCGGCACCUUCAUCUGCGAGUACGUGGGGGAGCUGAUCUCGGACGCCGAGGCCGACGUCAGGGAGGACGACUCCUACCUGUUCGACCUGGACAACAAGGACGGCGAGGUUUACUGCAUCGACGCCCGUUACUAUGGCAACGUCAGCCGCUUCAUCAACCACCUGUGCGACCCCAACAUCAUCCCCGUGCGGGUGUUCAUGCUGCACCAGGACCUGCGCUUCCCCCGCAUCGCCUUCUUCAGCAGCCGCCACAUCCGCCCUGGCGAGGAGCUGGGGUUCGACUACGGGGAUCGCUUCUGGGACAUCAAGAGCAAAUACUUCCCGUGCCAGUGCGGCUCCGAGAAGUGCAAGCACUCGGCCGAGGCGGGCGGGGGGGCGCGGGGACCCCCCCCGAGCUGCUGCCCCCGCUGCUGGCCCUGCCCCCGCCCUGAGGAACCCCCAAAACCCCAAAAAAACCCCCAAAAAAAUACCCCAAAAAAUCCCAAAAAAAUACCCCCAAAAAAAACUCCCCAAAAAAUACCCAAAAAAACCUCAAAAAAAACCCACAAAAAAACCCCAACCCCCCCCCCCAAAAAAUCCCAACAUACCCCCCCAAAAAAUCCCAAAAAAAACCCCCAAAAAAAUCCCCAAAAAAUACCCCCCAAAAAUACCUCAAAAAAAACCUCAAAAAACCCCCAAAAAAUCCUAAAAAAUCCCAAAAAACCCCCCAAAAAAACUCCCCCAAAAUACCCCCAAAAAAUACCCCCAAAAAAUACCCCCAAAAAACCCAAAAACCCCCCCUAAAAAUAAAAAAAAAUCCCCCAAAAAUCCCCCCAAAAAUCCCUAAAAAAAUCCCGCAAAAAAACCCCAAAAUCCGCCCCGGAAUGUCCCCAACCAGCCCGGAUUCAUCCUGAGUUUGUAGCCAAAAGUGCCCCAAAUUCACCCAAAAUUGCCCCAAUUUUGCACCCAAAAUAGCCCCAAAUUCACCCCAAAAUUGUUUCAAUUUUGAAGCCAAAAGUGCCCCAAAUUCACCCCAGAAUUGCCCCAAUUUCAUACCUGAAACUGCCCCAAAUUGGCCAAAAUUCACCCAAAUGGGCCCCAAUUUUGUACCUGAAAUGGCGCCAAAUUCACCCAAAAUUGCCCCAAUUUUGUAGCCAAAAAUCACCAAAAAUUGUCUCAAUUUUGGACUCAAAAGUGCCCCAAAUUCACCCAAAAUUGCCCCAAUUUUGUACCUGAAACUGCCCAAAAUUCACCCCAAAUGGUCAAAAUUCACUGAAAUUUGCCCCAAAUUCACCCAAAAUCUGCAAAAUUCACCCAAACUGCCCCAAAUUCACCCAAAAUGGUAAAAAUUGACCCAAAUUGGCCAAAAUUCACUGAAAACGGCUCCAAAUUCACCCAAAAUUGACAAAAUUCACCCAAAACAGCCCCAAAUUUACCCCAAACGGCUUCAAAUUGACCCAAAAUUUCCCAAAAUUCACCCAAAUCCGCCCCAAUUCCCCCCAAAUUUCCCCUUUAGCCCCUCCCCCUCCCCUUUGAUUGACGCCGGAUUUGAACCAAUAAAAAGCCUGGAAAAGAAAAA